AUGGAGCAACUUCUAAAAACUCAGGCAAACUUCAAGGAUUAUGGAGGUGAAAAAAGCUAUCGAGGGAAUGGACGAGGACGAGGUCGUGGUGGUCAUGGAAGAGGAAUAAGUAAUGGUAUGAUACUGGUGAACACACCAUUUGAUGGUUGUGGCUAUGCUGGAUGGAGCAGAUCCAUCUUGAUCUCCCUUUCAGCCAAGAACAAAUUGGGUUUCAUUGAUGGUUCAUGCCCUAUGCCAUCUCCUGCAGACCCUACUUAUCCAACCUGGAGCAGAUGCAACCACAUGGUGACCUCUUGGUUGUUGAAUUUCCUCACCAAAGUCAUUGCUGACAGUGUUCUAUACUCAAAGACUGCUAAGGAUCUUUGGUUAGAUUUGGAGCACAGGUUUAGGCAACCUAAUAGAGCCAAGUUAUACCACCUGCAAAAAGAACUUGCUGAUUUAGUACAAGGGUCAGUUGAUAUUGCUACUUAUUUCACUAGAAUGAAGCGACUAUGGGAUGAAUUAGACACUCUCAACACUGAUAUGCAGUGCUCAUGUAACUGUGAUUGUGGUGGAAAGAAGAAAAUGCAACAGUUUAUGGAAGAUGAAAGGCUCAUUGAGUUCCUCGUGGGAUUAAAUGAGACCUAUGGACUGACUAGAAGCAACAUACUCAUGGUUAAACCACUAUCCUCAGUCAAUCAAGCAUACCCACUUCUCAUGCAAGAUGAGAAUCAGAGGGAAAUCCACGUCAGUUCUCAAUUUCCAACAGAUGGUGCUUCUUUCAUGGUGAAAAACCAAGGAACUCAGAAUUAUCAGAAUCCUGUAGGAUCUCACUUCAUUCCUCAGCAGAAGAAUGGAAGCACUUCCUAUAAAGGAAAUCUUGGACACAGAGAAAAGAAAAACACAUAG